AAUAGGAAGCUUAAGGAAGAAGAGAUUGAGAAAGAAACAUUCCUUUCAGGUUCAGCGUAUACAAGUUGACCAGAGUACACCGCUACGCUGAAUUUUUGUGCCAAACCAAAAAGCAACAACAAUUCUCUUAGCACAAAACUGGAUGUACGAUCUCAUGCACCUGCUGCCCCAAUAAUAAAAUCCUUCAAAAACCAACAAAAUUUAACAGCCCAACUCACCUUCUUUACAAAAUUAGGGUAUUCAAUUAUUAUGGAAGGAGAAAGAUCAGCACUACCAAACUACGACCUACAAGUUUCUUUCACUACGCCUCAACCCAUCCAUGAAAUGGGGUUUGUUCAGUUUGAAGAAAACCAGGUGUUGAGUUUCUUGGCCCCAGCUUCCAACUCACAGUCACAAUCUCAUCAAUCUCACCCUCUUAAUACUACCAACUCUACUGCUACUACUACCACCAUAGGGUUUACUCAUAACGACCAGGUAGGGCCGUUAGAUCCCAAGGCUGUUAAUGACGAGAAUUGCACUGGUAAUGAUGCCAACAAUUCAUGGUGGAGGAGCUCAUCCUCAGAGAAGGGCAAGGUCAAAGUUAGAAGAAAGCUUAGAGAACCCAGGUUCUGUUUCCAAACAAGGAGUGACGUAGAUGUGCUCGAUGACGGUUACAAAUGGAGAAAAUAUGGUCAGAAAGUUGUCAAAAACAGCCUUCAUCCACGAAGCUAUUACCGGUGCACGCACAAUAACUGUCGAGUGAAGAAGAGGGUUGAACGACUUUCUGAGGAUUGUCGAAUGGUGAUAACAACUUAUGAAGGUAGACACAAUCACUCUCCUUGUGAUGACUCAAAUUCGUCUGAACAUGAAUGCUUUACUUCUUUUUGAUUAGUUGCCAUGCUCAUAUCCAUCAUUGCUGUAAUGAAUGAAUUUGUAUUUUAUAUUAAUUCUUCUCUCUCGAAGAUUGAUCUAUCAUCUGAGAAUUAGAGGAUUCUCUUAACUAUAAGAACUCUAGAUCUGUUAAUACUAUAGUAAGUAAUAUUAAUAGAUCAGUUAUGCUGUAGUUGAAAUUAAUAUAUA